UGCUUGAGAAAUAAGUAUCUGCACUAAGACAUAUCUGUGCCCUUUUUCAAUCAAGUCACCAAAUCCUUCACGAUCAUUGUUUUUCCUGAAAAACCCCCUCUUCCUUUAUCUCGAGCAUCCCUGUGUUUUCUUUGCAGCAUCUGAGUCCUGCGGUUUUCAUUCCGUGCACGGUCUCUCGGAGCUCCAGGAGAGGAGCACCAAUGGCCCCCAGCAGCUGACUUGCCCCGGAGACCUGGGUUCACGUGAGGCCAGGAGUCCUGACCAGAGCUGCCUUCCCUCCUGCAGGUCUCCUGACGGGCCUGCUGUGGUGCCACUACUUAGACACGAGGUAUCCAAGGUGGCUUCUCUCAAGUCUCCUCCUGCUGCACUGGGAAGUGCCUGAGCCCCACUCCCAACCCCAGGCCGCCCCGCAGAAAGCUGGCCAUGCUGACAGAUGACAUGAAGCUCUGGCAUGGCUUAGUGAUCGCAAUGGUGUCCCUGGUCUUGCAGGCCUGCCUCCUCGCAGCCAUCUACUACCUGCUCAGCAGACACAUGGCCAAAGAGAAUGAACAGUUACUCAGAAGAUCCAGGCUCUGGGCCCCCAAGCCCAGCCCUGCCCGCCACCGCUCCCCUGCUGCACAGGAGACGAAGGAGAUGAAGGAGACGAAGGAGCCCGAGGCAGAGAGGAGCACCCCUGCGUGGGAGCCCCGUUACAGGAAUAACUGCAACACAUCCUCAGAGAGCUCCGACACCUCGGACAGCACCGGCCGCUCGCCUCCCCCCUGCCAGGCCGCCAAGAAGGUGAAUUACACACAGGUGGUCUUUCCAGCCACAGGAGGACUAGAUAACGAAUCUGCCCUGGACUAUGAGGACAUCGAGGACAUGACAGAUUAUGUCAAUAUCAACCCCAAAAGCCACAAGCACAAUCUCUGGACUUUUGUGAACCCUGCUGCCUCUGAGCCCGUGGAGUACUCCCAAGUGGCCAUGUGACUCCUAGGAUCUGCCUUUCUAAGUGGAGUCAAGUUCUCUACACAUUCUCGUACUUAUUUUGUAGGGAAUUGCUUCCUGGUUUUUUGUGUUUGUGUGUGUGUGUGUGUGUGUGUGUGUGUGUUUUCUUAACAAAGCUUGGGAGAAGAAAUGGGCUGUAUCUCAGCAAGGAAAGCUCAGAUGGGAAGUUAGGAAGAUCUUCCAGGUUGAGUCUGAGCUCACUGAAGCAGAUCAGUACGGAAAGUGGGGAAGUCUCCAUAGAAAAUUGUUUCUGAAGAUUUUAAUCAGCUGUCGUAGAGUCCUGUUUGGCAGCCUUACAAUUAAAUUAACCUUUGAGCUAUUUCAUUAUUGGCAGUGAACAACUUCCUUAAGAGAUUUUUUAAAUAAAAUGGCGGCCACUGUUCCUCUUUUCCUCUUGCCCAGCCAGGCGUGUCCCUGUCUCAGAGCUGUGCUGCUGAGUAAUCCCGCUUUGCCCUCAGAACUUUAAAUAGUCCACUUGGAAAGCCCACUAUCGCUCAACCUUUGGACUCACUGUUUCUUAUGAACGAAAGAUGACAAAUACUGCAUCAACCAGCAUCACAAUCUGUUACUACAAGAAAAACUUUCUAAAUUUAACCUAAUAAAGUCCAA